GCCACAUCCCACCUCACACAACCCUGGAGCAUCCUAGCAGGCGGGGCAGACGGGGUCGCAGCACGCUCACAUGCAAAGCUUCCUUGGAUGAAGAGAGACGCGUCUAGUUCUAAGAGAAGGAGUAAGAAAGAGAAGGAGGAGAGAAAGGGUGUCUGUAACUGCAGGAGUCUCAGCCGCAGGGCUCAUGUGAGGUGCGCUUAAGUGAGCAGAAAAUCACCAGAAGAAGAAAUGAGUUUAGGUGCAGCGUGCAUCUUCUUGCGAGGAGGGAAAAGCAUUGAACGAGAGCUGGCUGAUGAUGAAAUUGAAGAGCUGCGUGAGGCGUUCAACGAGUUUGACAAAGACAAGGACGGGCUGAUCAGCUGUAAGGACCUGGGGAAUCUGAUGAGGACAAUGGGCUACAUGCCCACUGAGAUGGAGCUGAUCGAGCUCAGCCAAAACAUCAAUAUGAACCUUGGUGGGAAAGUUGACUUUGAGGACUUUGUGGAGCUGAUGACCCCGAAGCUCCUGGCAGAGACAGCUGGGAUGAUCGGUGUGAAGGAGCUUAAAGAUGCUUUUAAAGAGUUCGACAUGGAUGGAGAUGGAGAGAUCACCACGGAGGAGCUGCGAGCAGCCAUGACUAAGCUGAUGGGAGAGCACAUGAGCCGCAGAGAGAUCGACACCAUUGUGAAAGAGGCAGAUGACAACGGAGACGGCACAGUAGACUUUGAAGAGUUUGUCAGAAUGAUGUCCCAUCAAUGAUGGCUGAGGACAAGCUCAAUCAAGAAAGUUUAUUUACACCUGUAUUUACUGUAUAUUCAUGCAUCGUCACAGAUACUGUCUUCCUUCAAAACCCUCUGACAGAUUGAGUUGUGCACUAUUCAGAGCCAAAAAAGCCACAAAAAAGGUCAAAAUUCUUGUUAAAUGCUGAAAAGAAAACAACUUCAAACUGGUCUCAGAGAGGAAAUCGUAGCUAUGCAAACAUUGAGAAGUAUGAUGACAUUGUUUUCUGAGUGUCAGAACUGAGAAAAUCUGUAAACCACUGGAAGUAUAUAGUUUUAUUUGUAUUGUAAAUACAGAGGGUCCUUUUUGGACGUGUUUGCUGAAUUGGAUUUAUAGGAAAUAAAUGUAAUUUUGCUCAUAUAAUGGGUUCUUACUGAAUUGUUGCAUCUCUUUUUGAUCAUUCAUGAAUGCAUUUUUCCAAGGAAGGUUGGGACACUGUUUUAAAUAUAAAUAUACAACAUGAAAAAAGAAUAAAUUAAAUCUUUAUUUUCAGACACACUGAGAUUUUUGUUUUAUCACAAAGACUUGGCCUCAUAAAAUACUGGAAAUCUUUAAAAAAACAUUACAAACAACACCCGAGUAGAAAAAUAAAACAAAUAUGCUCGACGGAUCAGUCAGCAUCAAUCCUUUAUAUCGAUUUAGAUCGGUAUGAAACAAG